AUGGCUGAGAUCCGCCGAAAGCUCGUCAUCGUCGGCGACGGUGCCUGCGGUAAAACCUGCUUGUUGAUUGUCUUCUCCAAGGGCGCUUUCCCUGAGGUCUACGUCCCCACCGUUUUCGAGAACUAUGUCGCCGAUGUCCAGGUCGACAACAAGCACGUCGAGCUGGCCUUGUGGGAUACGGCUGGACAGGAAGAUUAUGACCGUCUCCGACCCCUCUCCUACCCCGACUCUCACGUCAUCCUGAUCUGCUUCGCCAUCGACUCUCCUGACUCUCUGGACAACGUUCUUGAGAAGUGGAUCUCCGAGGUCGUGCACUUCUGCUCAGGUCUUCCCAUCAUCCUGGUCGGCUGCAAGGCCGAUCUGCGAGACGACCCCAACACCAUCGAGGCCUUGAGGGCAACCAACCAGAAGCCGGUGUCCUCUUCGGACGCUGAGGCUGUUGCCAAGAAGAUCGGCGCGUACAAGUACCUGGAGUGCUCUGCCCGAACCGGCCAGGGUGUCCGCGAGGUCUUUGAGCAUGCCACCCGCGCUGCUCUCAUGUCUCGCUCCACCCGCAAGAGCAGCCACAAGAAGUGCCUUGUUCUGUAA